AUGGAUUUCCAGAAUAGAGCCGGAGGGAAAACAGGAGGCGGUGGUGUGGCAUCGUGGUCAGACGCUAACGUGGACCGGCGAGAAAGAUUAAGGCAACUAGCUUUAGAAACAAUCGAUUUACAAAAGGAUCCUUAUUUUAUGAAAAAUCACCUAGGUGGAUAUGAGUGCAAGCUGUGUUUAACACUACAUAAUAACGAAGGUUCUUACCUUGCCCACACGCAAGGUAAAAAGCAUCAAGCAAAUUUGGCUAGAAGGGCAGCUAAAGAAGCAAGUGACCAGCCUUAUAUGCCUGUACCACAACAAGCUAAGGUUGAGCCGAAAAAAUUUGUGAAGAUUGGACGCCCAGGUUACAAGGUGACAAAAGAACGAGAUCCAGCAACCGGACAGCAGGCACUCCUCUUCCAAAUUGAUUAUCCAGAAAUAGCGGAAGGAGUCGUUCCGCGUCACAGGUUCAUGUCCGCUUACGAACAGAAAGUUCAACCGCCCGAUAAGAGAUGGCAAUAUGUGUUAUUCGCUGCCGAACCGUAUGAAACAAUCGCUUUCAAAAUCCCAUCAAGAGAGGUUGAUAAGUCAGAAGACAAGUUCUGGACCUUAUGGAACAAAGACACAAAACAAUUCUUUAUGCAAUUCGCAUUCCGUAUGGAUCGUGUCCCGCCUAGAGAUGAGCCGCCACCACCCCCUCCUGCGGCUGUGAUGAUACGACCAGCUGGUGUUCCGCCUCCAAUAUUUUUGCCCCCUCCAUUUUAA